AUGGUAGCCGAAAUGGGUCUGUGAAUACCUUUGAUACUGAAGCGGAGUGUUAUAAGUUUAUAUAAAAAUCUAGUUGUAUAUUUUAAAUGAUUAAUCUUUUUCUGAGAGAAAAAUGACAGUAAAAUAUAUAAGAAGGUAUUGACCGGCAUUGUAAAAGUAAUAACUGUCUAUAUAGUAAAGCACAACAAUGUGCUUUAUUUACAAUUAGACUUGAUACGCUUAGUAAUGAAUUGCUGGUUUGUCGUGUAUCGUAUUUUUCACUUCAUCAAUCAAAAAGUGUAAAAAUAAAUACCGCAAAUCUGAGAAUACAUGUGACUGUUUUGUCAAGUAUAAAUUGUCAGCGUGAUAUACUCCUUUGAGAAACUUGUAUAUUUCAAUAUGUUUCAAAGGUGUAAAAGUUUGUGUCUAUCGCCAAACAUACAAUCAAGAUACCAAAGUAUACUAUCAAGAGCCAAAGCCAAGGAUAGAAGAAAUUUACUUUUUGAAGAGGAAAAGAAGAAACAAAGAGCUGCAGUAGGAAGAAUUGAAAAAAUAGAAGUUAAAUAUCAAUCUCCAGUAGAAGAAGUUAUUCUUAUAAUGAACAAAUGUAUAUCAACCCCUGCUGAUUGUGCAAAACAUGUUUCUGAGGGUGUAUCUAAAGUAGCUGCCCUUGCAUUAGUCGAUGGAUCACCAUGGGAUAUGCAGAAGCCUUUAACAUCCAAUUGUGAAUUAAAAUUUUUUAAUUUACUCAGCCCAGAGAACAGAAUAGUGAACACAGCCUUUUGGCGAACUUGUUCGUUCUUGUUGGGUGCUAUUGUAGAUUCUGCGUUUCAAUCGGAUAUAAAAGUUCACUUGCACAGUUUCCCAGUGCCCAUCAUAAAGUCAGGGAGUUUUAUAUAUGAUGUAUAUUUAGAACUAUCUGAUUGGAAACCCACUGAUCAGGAAAUGCGUGCAUUAUCUGCCGAGUAUAUUAAGUUAUUAAAUCUUGAAUUACCCAUUGAAAGGAUAGUAACUACGGAAAACGUUGCGAUCGACAUGUUCCAGGAUAAUCCAUUUAAAUCCGAACAAAUACCAGAUAUCGCGAAAUCUAAUAACAAUGAAGUUACACUGUAUAGAGUUGGAAAUCACAUAGACAUUAGUAAAGGGCCAAUGAUAGGCAAUACGUCGUUAAUAGGACGUUGUACGAUCGCUGCCGUUCAUAAAGUACCAGAUAAAGAAAAUCUUUAUAGAUUUCAAGGUGUAGCACUCCCUAAAGGCGUUUUGUUGAAUCAAUUUGCUUAUGGUAUAUUAGAAAAGCGCGCUAGAAAAUUGAAUACGACAACGUGGUCAUUUUUGUCGAACGAAACCGAGGAUGAGGAUGUCGCGGAAAUAUCUGCUAAAAAUUAAGUUUGAUACCUCGAGAACAUAGUGUAUAAUAAAAAUACAUACUCUGUA